AUGGGUACAGACAUCCUUGUAGCCCAGAUGCUCGGUACGCUCGGCUGCGGGUUCGCAGCAGGCGGUGUUAUGACUCUCUCUAUGUUGAACAUCCCCACCCUCAUCCUCCCAGCUCGUCAACCGGCCUCCGUCGCCAUCCCUUCGCAGCAAGGACCGGCCACUCCGUUUCCACAUCUCACGCAUCAGUGGCUCGACACCUAUGAGCGGGGAAUAAGAAUAUUCCCUGUCAUUUGCCUCGGUGCUUCAGUCGUGAAUGGAUAUCUUGCUUGGGCUUUGAGAGACAUGGCGGCUCCGGAGUCGGGUAUCAUGGGUGGAAGUUGGAGCGGAUAUUACGCUACGGCUAUUGCUACGACGAUGGGAUUCGUUGUUUGGACAAUGACGGUAAUGAAGAGCACGAAUGACCGGUUGAUGGCGAUUGCGACGCGGGAUGAUGCUGCGGCCGCGGAGGGAACGAAGGGGAUGGUCGUGGAUGACCAGGAGAAGGCGAAACGAGCCAAGGAAGAUGCCGAGGCUCUCGAGCUGAUGAAGAAGUGGGCAAAUUUGAACAUGUUUAGAGCUAUGUUUCCAUUGACGGGGGCGAUUAUCGGGUUAUAUGGGAUUGCAAAGAUGUCAUUCACCUGA